AGGAAAAAAUGUUCAUUUUGACAGUAGUCUUCUUCUUCCUUAACAUUCCACUGCUCAUGACAAAUUUCAUUGAUCCCAAGUGCUUUUGGAGAGUAAAUUUGAAUGAAGUUACGGAUAAAGACUUGAGCAUAACUUGUUCCUUCAUCCUUGAAGCAGUUCAGAUGCCUACGGAAAAGGAUUAUUUCAACCAGUCUCUUAAUAUCCUAAAAACAACAAAAAACCACAAAUAUGCUUUGGCAUUGGCCUUUUCAAUUGAUGAAAUCAACAGGAAUCCUGAUCUUUUACCAAAUAUGUCUUUGAUCAUAAAAUACCCUUUGGGCCUUUGCGAUGGACAAACUACAUUACCUACACCCUAUUUAUUUAAUGAAAUAUAUUUUAGGCCUAUCCCUAAUUAUUUCUGUAAUGAAGAGACUAUGUGUACAUUUCUACUUACAGGACCGCAUUGGAUAACAUCUUAUAGUUUCUGGAUACACUUGAACAUCUUCUUAUCUCCUAGUAUGAACCCAAAGGACACAUCCCUAGCUUUGGCAAUGGUCUCCUUCUUACUUUAUUUCAAGUGGAACUGGGUCGGCCUUUUCAUCUCAGAUGAUGAUCAAGGCAAUCAAUUUCUCUCUGAGUUGAAAAAAGAGAGCAAAAUCAAGGAAAUUUGCUUUGCAUUUGUGAGCAUGCUGGCAAUCGAUGAGAGUUCAUUCUAUCAUAAAACUGAAAUGUACUACAACCAAAUUGUGAUGUCAUCCACAAACGUUAUUAUCAUUUAUGGGAAAACAGACAGUAUUAUUGAGUUGAGCUUCAGAAUGUGGGAAUCUCCAGUUAUCCAGAGAAUAUGGGUCACCACAAAAGAAAUGAAUUUCCCUACCAGUAAGAAAGAUUUAACUCAUGACACAUUCUAUGGGACUCUUACUUUUCUACACAGCCAUGGGGAGAUUUCAGGCUUUAAAAAUUUUGUACAGACAUGGUACCAUCUUAGAAGCACUGAUUUGCAUCUAGUAAUGCCAGAGUGGAAAUAUUUUAACUAUGAAGCCUCAGCAUCUAACUGUAAAAUAUUGAAGAACUAUUCAUCCAGUGCCUCAUUGGAAUGGUUAAUGGAGCAGACGUUUGACAUGGUCUUUAGUGAUGGAAGUCAGGAUAUAUAUAAUGCUGUAUAUGCCAUGGCCCAUGCACUCCAUGAGAUGAAUCUGCACCUGGUUGAUAAUCAGGCAAUAGACAAUGGGAAAGGAGCCAGUUCUCACUGCUUUAAGAUAAACUCCUUUCUCAGAAAGACCCACUUCACUAAUCCUCUUGGGGACAAAGUGAUUAUGAAAGAGAGAGAAAUACUGCAAGAAGACUAUAACAUUUUUCACACUUGGAAUUUUUCUCAGCACAUUGGUUUUAAGGUGAAGAUAGGAAAGUUCAGCCCAUAUUUUCCACAUGGCAGGCACUUUCACCUAUAUGUAGACAUGAUUGAGUUGGCUACAGGAAGUAGAAAGAUGCCAUCCUCUGUGUGCAGUGCAGAUUGUAGUCCUGGAUACAGAAGAUUCUGGAAGGAGGGAAUGGCAGCCUGCUGUUUCGUUUGCAGUCUCUGCCCUGAAAAUGAAAUUUCUAAUGAGACAAAUAUGGAUCAGUGUGUGAAUUGUCCAGAAUACCAAUAUGCCAAUACAAAGCGGGACAAAUGCAUUCAGAAAAAUGUGAUGUUUCUAAGCUACAAAGACCCCUUGGGAAUGACUCUUGCCUUCAUAGCCUUCUUUUUCUCUGCAUUAACAGCUGUGGUAUUUUGGGUCUUUGUGAAGCACCAUGACACUCCUAUUGUGAAGGCAAAUAACAGAAUCCUCAGCUACAUAUUAAUCACAUCACUCUUGUUCUGUUUUCUCUGCUCAUUUUUCUUCAUUGGCCAUCCUAACAGAGCAACUUGCAUCUUACAGCAAGUCACAUUUGGAAUUGUAUUCACUGUGGCUAUUUCUACAAUUUUGGCAAAAACAAUCACUGUGGUUCUGGCUUUCAAAGUCACAAACCCAGGAAGAAGGCUGAGAAACUUCCUAGUAUUGGGUACACUCAACUACAUUAUUCCCAUAUGUUCCCUGUUUCAAUGUAUUCUGUGUGCAAUCUGGCUAGCAGUUUCUCCUCCCUUUGUUGAUAUUGAUGAACACACUGAGCAUGGCCAUAUCAUCAUUGUGUGCAACAAAGGCUCAGUAACUGCAUUCUACUGUGUCCUGGGAUACUUGGCCUGCCUGGCACUUGCAAGCUUCACUGUGGCUUUCUUGGCAAAGAAUCUGCCAGACACAUUCAAUGAAGCCAAGUUCUUGACCUUCAGCAUGCUGGUGUUCUGCAGUGUCUGGGUCACCUUCCUCCCUGUCUACCACAGCACCAAGGGUAAGGUCAUGGUUGCUGUGGAGAUUUUCUCCAUCUUGGCAUCCAGUGCAGGGAUGCUUGGAUGCAUCUUUGCACCCAAGAUUUACAUCAUUUUAAUGAGACCAGAGAGAAAUGCUAUCCAAAAGAUCAGGGAGAAAUCAUAUUUCUGAACAAAUUAUUUCAGAAUUUCUAUCAAAUGUAAACAUGGUAUAUACCCACCAAAUAUUGUGUUACAGUGCAUGUAUCUAGAUUUAGAAUCACUCUCACUGGUACCCAUAGUGAUGUCUAGAAAUAUCAUAUCUACCAAUCUUGCAUACAUUGUCCAUAAAAUCUUGUACACAUUCACUAGCUUAGUUUCCUGUGGGAGAACUAAAAUUCUCAAAUUAUUAUUACAAUUUUAUUCAUAAUUUUGCUCUCAUGGCAAAUCAGAACUCAUUUUCUAAUUUCCAGUAACAACACAUACAUGACAGAAUACUGAUUUUCAGCUAUUCUUUAAGCUAUUGGCCAAUAGGCUAAGGUGGAAAUGUUCUUUUUCUUUCUGAAACACAAAAAUAUUAUAUCAUAUAAUACACAGAAGUCAGGGACCCCUAUGGAUGAAUUGGAAGAAGCUGGCUGAGUAGAAGAGUGACCCAUAGGAAGACCAGCAGUCUUACCUAACCAGGACAACCAAGAUCUUGCUGACACUGAAUCACUUGCUAGGCAGUUGAUUUGAGGCCCCUGACACAUAUCAAGCAUAGGAUUACAUUGUCUGGCCUCAGUGGGAGAAGACAACCUAACCCCCUAGAGACUUGAGGCCCCAGGCUAAGGGAAGGUUGGGGGUUUUGAAAGUUGGGGAUAUUAUCUUGGAGUUGGGGAGGGGUAUGGGAUGAAGAAGAGUCAGGAGGCAGGUGCUGGUUGGAGUAUAAUGACUGGACUGUAAAUAAAAGACUAACAACCAAAAAUAAAUAAAAUAACUUAAAA